AUGGAAGAAGAUUCAAAUCAGCCACCAGAGGGAAGUACAAUUAAAAUCAUUGUUACAGAUGAAUCUGCAAAUGAAAAAGAGCUGGAUGAAGAAGAAAAAGAAAUUCAGGCAGAAAGUAUAGUGAAAACUUAUGAAAGUAAAAAAAUGAAUGAGAGUAAAGAUGAUGUAUCCACGGUUGAAAAACCCCCAUCCGACAAGUUAGAAACAGAUACAAGCGAAAUGUCUGAUCUUUUGACAGACAGAAGGAGUUCUAGACGGGAAUCCACUGCUCUUCAAAAGAUGGACGAAAAGCACUCGUGGUUGUCAGAACUUGAGGAAAAGUGUGCCAAAAUAGAAUCCACGUUCAUAUCGAAAUUUCAGUACGUAGCAUUGAGCAACCAUUUUCAGAAGUAUUUGGAUCAGAUGAAAUCAGAGGUUACUAUUUCAGAAGUUUAUGCUAAUUUUUCCAACCUCUUUGAAAAAUUUCGAACAGCAUACAUUGGUUCGCAGAAGUUGAAAAAUAAAAUGUCAGAAUUAAGAUGCCUGAAGCAAAUUUCAGAAGCAGAAAACAGGAAGUUGAAAAUCAAACUGGAGGAGAAAGAAAGACGUGUUGGGCAGCUGGUCGAAUCGCUGGAGAACUACAGGAGCGAAAUAGAUGAACUUCAUGAGCAGAAAAAACAGCUUCAGGAAGAAAUAGGUGAACUGAAAGAGGAGGCUGCGAAGACAUCGGAUCUUCCAGAUCAGGAUUCAGAUAAAGAGCGGACACUUGUGUUGGGUGAAGACGACGAAAAUGUGGCAAAAAUACAGGAGCUGGAAGAGAAAAUCGAAAGCUUGGAGAAUGAUUUAUCUUUCAGUAAAGAACGAGAGUUCAUUUACCACAAACGACUACAGCAAACGGAACAAAGUAAAAGCAGUUUACAAAAUGAGAUCACCGUUACAAAGUUUGAGCUUCAAAAGCAAAUAACACAAAGAGAGAAAGCAGAAACAGCAGCACAAGAGGCCUUGGAACAGAUGCAGGAAAGACAAGUCGUCGUUCGAAAUCUUACAAGUGAAAUACAACAAUUGCAGUUGGACUUGGAAGCGGCCAAAACUCACUCGAAGAGCCUCUUGAAAGACUUACGGAAAUGCCAAAAAGACCUCGAUAUUGCCACGCAGAAUUCUGAAAAGUUAAGAAGGGAUUUCGAUAUCCGAGAAGAUCGUAUAAAAGCCCUUCUCUCUCAAAGAGACAGUUUGACAGCAGAGCUAAAAACGAAGCAUUCUGAAGUCUAUUCCUUAAAAGCUGAAAUAGUAAGUGUUACCAAAGACAGAAAUUCAUUUUCAAGGAAAAUAGCAGUCUUGGAAGAAAGAAAUAUUGAGAUUGAAACUAAAUUGCAGAGUUUGAAAGACCAAAAUGUAAAUCAGCUAAAAGAACUGGAUACUUUGAAGAAGGAACAGCUCGAGUUGGAUGGUAAGAUAAAGGAACUCACGAAACAAAAAGAUAACUUGACUGAAGAAACUCAGAAGCUGGAACAAGUGGUUGCAAGACUUCGUAGUGAAUAUAAAAAUAGCGAAGAAGCUUGUCGCGGUUUAGAAAAAGAACUGGAUGGUAAGAAGCUCGAAAUAGAAGCACUCCAUGAUACAAUUAAACGACAAGAAAAAGUGAAAGAACGCAUGGCACGUGAAGCUGUAGAGCUAAACAAAACAAUAUCAGAGUCAGAGAAUGAAAUAAAACGCCUCGGUAUACGCAUAUCUGGCUUUGAGAAAACCGUCACACAGUUGAGACAACAACUGACUGAAGAACUAGUAAAGUUCAAAGCUCUGGCCGAAGACGAAAGACAUUUUCGAAAAGUCAGUCUAGAUGCAAAGGCAGAAAUUGAACAAUUGAAUGAUCAACUAACUAUACUCAGCAAACACAUACAGCAACUCAAGGAUUAUAACCAGGAUAUAGAUGAGCAUCGAAAGAAGCUGGAAGUGCAAAAUAAAAAUAUCAUAGACCAAUUAGGCGUCGCAAAAGAAACGUUACGAAGAGAGGUCAAGAAGCGUGAGGAAGUAGAAGUGAAGUUAGGGCGCAAGGAUGAUCUGGAGCAAAAACACUUGAGAACGAUUGCUGAUCUGGAGCACGAAGUUCGUAUCCUGAAACAAAAAGUUAAAAAUAUUACUGAGGAAAAAGAUGUUUUGAACUCUAAACUUAUUCAGAGAGAUACAGAAAUAGUAUCCUAUAAAGAGAAGAUUCGAUUAUUAGAGCAGGAUUUGGCUAGAUUAGAUAGGACACUUACGGAAAGAGUGGAUGAUAUCAAACUUCUCAAAUUACAGCUCUCUCAAACGAACAGAGUGAAGUGCCUCAUGACAGAAAAAGUGGAACAUCUGGAUGUGACUCGCCAGGAACUGACUGAAGCUCAAAAACUUCUGCAGAGGGAGAAAGUAAAAUCUAAAGCAAUAGAAGAUGAAGCACGGAGACCUGUAAAUUUCCAUCGAUGGCGAAUUCUGGAAGGCACAGACCCGGAUCGGGCUCAGCUGGUGGCCAAAAACCAUGCUCUCCAGAAACAGUUAACUAAGAGGAUGGCUGAGUUGGAUGACAAAGAGUUGGAACUUCGGGAAAAGGAAAGAAUCGCAGACGAUUUACGAGAGAUGCUGCGAAAGCGCUCGGAAUCGAAUGCCGAAGAACAGCUCUGGGCCUGCAAGCAGGAACUUCGUUCCCGUACAGAACGGCUGAAAUGCUUGACAGCCGAAAAUAACAUGUUCGAAACCUUAUGCGGGAAAUAUGAAAAGCAAAUCAUGGCUCUGCGCGAAGAACUAAAAAAGAGCAAAAUAGUUAAAAGUACGAAAUGCCAGAGAUGUGCAAAGAAAAUGAGAACUAUGCGUUAA